UUCUAUCAAGUUCGAUUCCAUUUCAGUUUGAAAAAUAUUUGAGCUGUCCGUGAACUAGAACGCCCCGCGAAAUCCGGUUGGUAUAUCAGCUGCCCGGUUUAUCUGAUGUCAAAAAUUUCACAAAUAACUUCUUAUCAACGUAUAAUAUACAAUGUUUAUCACCUUGGAAAUACUGUGCGGGCUCGCAUUAGCGCUCAUUGUGCUCUACUGCUAUUUAACGAUACGUUACAAUUUUUGGACGAGCCGUGGAGUGCCCGGACCAAAGCCCACGCUCCUCUUCGGCAAUAUUAUGAAGUCAAUGUUUGGAAAGGAAUCGCUUCCACAAUUGCUAACGAGAAACUACAAUGAUUUUAAGAACGAACCAAUGGUUGGAAUAUUUUUAAGAACAGUACCCGUCUUAAUGGUCAAAGAUCCUGAUCUCAUCAAAGACAUCCUGAUUAAAGACUUUUCCAAAUUCGCGAAUCGAGGAUUCAUAAAAAGCGAACCGGCAAUUCCAUUAUCUAAUCACCUAUUUUCCCUGGAAGCCAAGAGAUGGCGACCUUUGAGGACUCAACUCUCUCCGGUGUUUACCUCUGGCAAGCUUAGAGGGACUUUUUCCUUAAUUUUAGAAUGUUCUAAUCACCUUGAAAGUUAUUUGAAUACGAUGAUAGAGAAAGGAGAUCCUAUCGAUGUGCGAGAACUUGCCGCCAGAUUCACCACUGACGUAAUCGGCAGCUGCGCCUUUGGCAUCGAGAUGAAUUCGCUUUCGGAAAACGAGAGCGACUUCCGUCGAAUCGGUAAACAAAUUUUUUCUACCGAUUUCUGGAAAAUAUUGCGUAUAAGAAUACGGCAGAUCCUGCCACCGUUGCACGUUCUUCUCGCUCGUAUACUGCCGUAUGACGAGGAAACGAAAAUGAUUAUGGGAAUCACUAGAGAGACGAUCGAAUACAGAGAGAAGAAUAAAAUCGUCAGGCCUGAUUUUAUGAAUAUACUCAUGGAACUGAAAAGGCAUCCUGAAAGAGUCGCCGAUAUUAAAUUGUCGGACGAUUUGUUAGCCGCACAAACAUUUAUUUUCUUCGCGGCUGGUUUCGAGACCUCAUCGACUACGAUCAGCAAUGCUCUAUACGAAUUGGCUUUGAAUCAUGACAUUCAGGACAAAUUGCGCGAAGAAAUCGAACAUUUCGCGGCGAAAAAUGACGGAGAGUGGAAGUACGAAACUAUAAAGCAAAUGCAAUACUUGGACAAAGUGUUUCAAGAGACACUAAGGAAGUAUCCAGCUUUGCCAUUUUUAAGCAGAGAAUCAGUCGAAGACUAUACGUUCGAAAAUACGAAAGUAACAAUUCCCAAAGAAACGUUGAUAUGGGUGCCAGUUUUUCCCAUUCACAGGGACCCGGAGAUUUAUCCAGAUCCAGAAAAAUUUGACCCCGAAAGAUUUUCCGAGGAUAAAAUGAAAGAAAGGAAUCCUAUGUAUUAUUUACCUUUUGGACAUGGACCGAGAAAUUGUGUCGGUGCACGUUUUGCAAUCUACCAAACGAAAAUUGGAUUAAUAAAAAUCCUGCAUAAAAACAAGGUUGGCGUUUGUUCCAAAACUCCAAUUCCUUAUGAAUAUAAUCCACUUUCAUUCGUUCUGACACCUACAACCGGUUUGUAUUUGACGAUAACCAAGGUAGAGGACUAACACAAUUUUAACAUUCAUUUGACACAAAUAAAAUUUUUUAUUAGCGUAUACUUCGGCAUUUAUAAAAUUAAUUUAUAGACGUAUUAUUUAAUGCGACGGACAUUUGUCGGAGUGUGACAAAUGAAAUUCAAUAUAAUGUCGAGGUGCGGUACACGUUCUGUUGAAUAUUGUUAUACUAUGUAUUUUACUAGUAGUUCAAAUAUUUUACUCGUAGAAACAAGUAGUUCACGUUUUCAUUACAUAUAUCAAUAUAGUCAAAUUAAAACAUUGUUGAUGUUUAUAUAACUUGUUAUCGUAGCGUUGCCGGUUGUCCCUGACUGCCGAAUUAAAAAGAUUACCUAUAUCAAAUAGAUAGUUCUUGUAUCUUCGCGUAUGGGGCUUGUAAUCUGAUGUAAUCCUUGUUAUCGGUAGUAUUGGUAGUCCACCUCUUAUAUAUAGGAAAAAAUUGUACAAAAUGUUAAGUAGUUAAGAAUAUAACAUUAAGAAAAAUGGGA